AUGUCAAACUUGAACCACUCCGCGCUCAAACUCGCAGUACUCACAAGUUCUACCUAUUUUGGACUUCUCGGCUAUUUCUUGAAUUCGGUGGUGAUAGCGGCUGACCGGUACCUGAAGAUCUCCCGGCCCCUGCAGUAUCUCCGGCUAGCGACGCCCAGACGUUGCAUCGCGCUGAUCGGUGCGUCCUGGUGUCUGUCCCUGGUUCUCGGACUUGCCGUGUUCCUCUCCGCCUUGUUGAAUUUCGACACCAACAGCCAAGAGUCAUUCGGCAGUUUCCUGCAGAGGGAAGGUUUUCGAAUCCCCAUUGUUGUCACGAUGGAUCUGACAAUCUUCACCAGUAUGAUCGCGGUAACUUUUCUGAUAGCUGCUCUCGUUCGCAUCGCUAGGCAACAGCGACGCAAGAUACGGGAUGAAAUGCUGAUGCUGAAGCAUCUUCAAGAUCGUGUGCAGCGGACGGAGCAGGAAGGCAACGAUGAGAACACGCCGCAGCCUCGACCGAACCACUUGUCCGAUAAAACAACCGUGUACUUCAUCGUUCACUUCUCUGCAUUUGUAGUGGCUUGGUUACCAGCUAGUGUAGUCAUGAACAUUGCAAUUCCCAGUGACCUGACUUCAGCCGUCCUCAACCCUCUCAUGACCAUUAUUGCCAUUUUCGACACCUUCUGGGGCACCUUGUUCCUCGCCUAUGCGCAGCCGGAGCACAGACAGGCAGCAAGGAGUAACUUAAAGAGGAUGAAGCGACUGAACUGCGAUCGUUAA